AUGGGCAACGAUUUCGAAGUGGGAAAGAAUGCUUGGAAUACAACGAGUCGUAUUUGGGGGACCAACAAAUCGUUCCUGGAGUCAGAUGUCGACAAGGAGCCCAUGAGACCCUCGCCUGUCCGUCAGAUGUCUACAUCAAACUAUACCCAGGGUAGGCUGGAUGCGAAUUCCUUCCUGGCAUCAACCGAAUCGAGCAAUGAAAAUGCCCUCCCAUCAACCAAGUUACCUUGGGGCUCCACCUCAAACAGCAUCCGAUUAUCAUCCAGAUCAAGAGGUCAACCACUCUCACCAACAACCCACAGACAGAACCGGGGCCUGGACCUCUUGAGCAACGACGUCCAUGGUGAUUUGAGGGACUCAAGUCUUUUUGCCGGUAGCUCCCCGGAUGUUGAAGUCGGAUCUAUCACCGGACAGCAGGCGCAUCAGUCUUCAGGCGUUGUUAAUACCAACUCGCGCUUCCGGCAAUCUCCACCGCGUGAAACCAACUAUAAUCGGGGUCAAGUCGAGGCUCAGAUCCAAGCUGUCAAUUCAAACAGGUUCAAUAGGAAUGGCAUCUUCACUUCGAUAUCCGAUUACAACAAUGGCCCAGAAUUGUCAUCAAAUGGACUGCAGUCCCCCAAUGGAAAUGCUCUGAAUUAUUCGCAGCAAAACGGCCACACCACGAGAGGACCAAUGUUUCGAGAAGAGACUGGGAGUUCUUCGAGGUUUCUCUCUGCGCCACCAAUAUUUGCAGGUGUCAACGAUCACUCUGUCCAGGGCGAACGAUUUCAGUCUUGUUCAAGCCCCCAGGUCGAGGAGACCAUACGCUCUUUGCGGGCGCUAAGCUUUGACCAGGCUCAAGAACUUGAAGCUGACACUCAGAUCAUCCCCACACGCCGGACAUCGGUUCCCCAGCCACACCAUCCACGCGAUAUUUUAGCUCAUCCGGUCACGACACACGUCUUGACGCAGCCAAGCUUCUUCAAUACUGUGGAAAAUAGAUUUCAUCCAUCAGCAGGAGAUGUGCAGAGCUCUGGGUGUCAGCUGGAACCCCAGGCCGCUCCUCACUACACUGGUCUUCCCAAUGGAGGGCGCGCAGCUCUCUCCCCAUUGACGAGUGAUUACAGAAGCAGUUUGCACAGCCCCUUGUAUGCGACAACUGGUACGCCUCCGACCGGACUGCAGUCUAUUCGGAGCACUCCCACAAGUCGAGUUUCAAGCCGCACGUCCCAUAACGAUACAAGGAUGGGCGACCGCAAGUUCCUUAACCUGGAACAAUACGGUUUCGAUCAAUCCCCGUUCAUACCCAAUCCCGUCCUGUCCCAGAUUGGUAAUGGCUUUCUUUAUGACUACCACAGACCUGCUCAGCCAAUACGCAUGAACCCUCUCGCGCACCCAUAUAUUGCCCCUGUACAUCCCACGCUGCACGAUUUUCCUACACCUCGGAUCCAGAUCCGUGAGGCCGACCAAAACCAAGUUGUGAGAAGUCCACUACUUGAGGAGUUUCGCGCAAAUAGCAAGACCAAUCGUCGAUUCGAACUCAAAGACAUCUACAACCAUGUGGUGGAGUUCAGCGGUGACCAGCAUGCAUCUCGAUUCAUUCAACAGAAACUGGAGACCGCCAACAGUGACGAAAAGGAACAGAUCUUCAAAGAGAUUCAGCCAAAUGUUCUCCAACUCAUGACGGAUGUGUUCGGUAAUUAUGUGAUUCAGAAGCUGUUUGAGCACGGCAAUCAGUCGCAGAAGAAAGUCUUGGCCAACCAGAUGAAGGGCCACGUCCUCCAUCUCUCACUCCAAAUGUAUGGUUGCCGCGUAGUUCAGAAAGCGUUCGAACACGUCUUGACCGACCAACAGGCGAGUUUGGUCAAGGAAUUGGACGGACCUAACCUGCAGAUCCUCAAAGUUGUCAAAGACCAGAAUGGCAAUCACGUCGUGCAGAAGGCCAUCGAACGAAUCCCUGGUGAUCAUAUUCAAUUCAUUGUCGACGCACACCGAGGACAGGUGGCCAAGAUGUCGACGCACCAGUAUGGUUGUCGAGUGGUUCAACGAAUGCUUGAAUAUUGCCGACCACAGGCGAAGCGAGUCAUCCUGGAUGAACUUUUGGAAUAUAUCCUGCCGUUGAUCAGUGAUUCUUAUGGAAAUUAUGUUGUGCAACACAUUAUUCAGAAUGGCGAACCACGGGAUCGGCGACAUGUCGUCGACAUUGUCCUGCAACAACUCCUAACCUUUUCUAAACACAAGUUUGCCAGCAACAUUGUGGAGAAGAGCAUUGAUUACGCCGACGCAGACCAGCGGGCGAAAAUUCUCUGCGGAUUGACUGCGCCCGACGAGCAGGGGGUCACACCAGUACUAGGACUCAUGAGAGACCAAUAUGGAAACUAUGUCCUGCAAAAGGUACAUUCUCAGCUCCAGGGCGCAGAGCUUCUCACUCUAGAAGCCGAGAUGAAGCGGAACUACCCUGUCCUCAGACGAACCAGCUACGGGAAACAAGUGAUGGCCAUGGAGAAGCUUUUGUUUACUGGAAAUGGUCCGUCAACCGCAACCACCAGCAACCGCAGUUCCGCUCUUCCCAGCACCAACGCCAGCAGCAGUGGCGACGUUGAAGGUACUCCUUCAUUACAGCCGGGAUUUCAAUAG